ACUCUAGACAAGUUCCGGUUAAUUUUUCAUCUUGCUGGCUCUGAUUGUCAGAAAAGUCAAACCAUGGGGCAGAAAAAUCCUUUGAAAGAUUUCAUCGCCGGAGGUGCUGGAGGAGUAUGCUGCGUUUUUGUAGGCCAACCCCUCGACACUAUAAAGGUGCGGUUACAGACUAUGCCCAAACCAGCACCAGGAGAGAGUCCACUGUAUAAAGGAACAAUGGAUUGCGCUUUACAGACAAUGAGGAAAGAGGGAUUCUUGGGUCUGUACAAAGGAAUGGGCACCCCUUUGGCAGGGGUGGCUCCGAUGUUUGCCAUCUGUUUCUUCGGAUUUGGGUUGGGUAAACGGCUACAGCAGAAAAAACCUGGUGACUCUCUGACAUAUGGUCAAAUCUUCAUGGCUGGAGGGUUAGCUGGAGUAUUUACCACAGGGAUCAUGACCCCGGGAGAGAGGAUCAAGUGUCUUCUCCAGGUCCAAGCUGAUUCAAAGAUGAAGAAAUAUGCUGGUCCCUUGGACUGUGCUAAGCAGCUAUACCGUGAGGGUGGUAUUCGCAGUAUCUACAAGGGCACAGCAGCAACACUCCUUCGAGACAUCCCAGCUAGUGGAAUGUACUUCAUGAGUUAUGAGUGGCUACAACAUACCCUAACUCCUAAAGGAGGAAGUCGUGACGACCUGAGUGUUGGGCGUACCCUGCUCGCCGGAGGAAUAGCUGGUAUCUGUAAUUGGGCUGUGGCUCUUCCAGCAGAUGUUCCCAAAUCAAGGCUACAGACAGCCCCUGCGGGUAUGUACCCCAAUGGUAUCCGUGACGUGAUCCGACAGCUGAUCAAGGAGGAUGGUAUCAUGUCACUUUACAAAGGGUUCACGCCUGUCAUGCUCAGAGCAUUCCCAGCCAAUGCUGCAUGUUUCCUUGGAUACGAAGUGACGAUGAAGGGACUCAACUGGAUGUCUCCAGAUAAUUGAUGCUAGCUGAUCAUAUAGACUGUACAGUGUCUAAAAAGUGUAGUACGGUACUAGAUACCUUUAUAUGCAUCUAACCUUUGGCCUCUACUGACCUCUUUGAGGUUAGUCAGGGGUUAGAGGUUAAUUAUUCAGUGUCCUUGAACUUGAGAAGGUAAUCUCAGGGCUGUGUGAUAUUUAAAACUGUUUGUGUGGGACAGCAUGGGAAGAGUGUUGAUAUACAGACUGUGAUGUUUGUCAUGUGAGAAUGGUGAUAAAUAUAUACACUAACCUGAAAGGUAAUGAGUGUGAUACACCUAGACAUUCAAAUCAUGUUGCACUUUUUUUUUUAGUCUAAAAUAUCAUUAAACAAACCGUACUUUUUUUUUUUUUUUGAAAUCUUUUGCAAAAUAAAGAAUUAUUAAGUUUUGUUGAGUGACUCUUAUCAUAUCUGAAUGCUUUUUACCUGAACUUAGUUUUUUGUUCGAAAUACCUAAAUAUUUGAUUUAGCUGAAUGCAAUCUUUUGUUUAAGCUACCCAGUCAUAACUGAAUGUUGAUUGAGCUGAAUUCAGUCAUUUGUUUCAGUAACCGUCAUACCUAAAUGUUGACCUACCAGAAUUCAGUCAUUUGUUUCAGUAACCGUCAUACCUAAAUGUUGACCUACCUGAAUUCAGUAAUUUGUUUCAGUAGCUGUCAUACCUAAAUGUUGACCUACCUGAAUUCAGUCUUUUGUUUCAGUAACCGUCAUACCUAAAUGUUGACCUACCUGAAUUCAGUAAUUUGUUUCAGUAGCUGUCAUACCUAAAUGUUGACCUACCUGAAUUCAGUCUUUUGUUUCAGUAACCGUCAUACCUAAAUGUUGACCUACCUGAAUUCAGUAAUUUGUUUCAGUAGCUGUCAUACCUAAAUGUUGACCUACCUGAAUUCAGUCUUUUGUUUCAGUAGCUGUCAUACCUAAAUGUUGACCUACCUGAAUUCAGUAAUUUGUUUCAGUAGCUGUCAUACCUAAAUGUUGACCUACCUGAAUUCAGUCUUUUGUUUCAGUAGCUGUCAUACCUAAAUGUUGACCUACCUGAAUUCAGUAAUUUGUUUCAGUAGCUGUCAUACCUAAAUGUUGACCUACCUGAAUUCAGUCUUUUGUUUGAUUUGCCCUAUCAUACAUAAAUGUUGGUUAUUAACCUGAAUGCAUUUUUUGUUAGCAUUACUCUUUUAUACCUGAGUGUGAAUUUACCUGAAUCCAGUUGUUAGUCAACAUACGGGUAAAUACCACAUUUACAAACAAUCAACUAGGUCCCAGGCUGGGAAUAUGUGUACCUGGUAGUAGAAAGUCAACCCUGUAUGUUAGAAUGACAGAAACUGCAUUCUCGCUACAAAACAGCAGCUGUGCUUUAAAGAUUUCUUUUCUGUUUUUUUGCGAUCCAUUCAUUUUAUUUUUUGUGAAAGUUGUUAUACAUGUAUACACAUAUACAAGGGAAAAAAUCAGCAUGGAGGAAAUACAUUGACAUUAAUUUCAACAAGAUUUUUCAAGUUUAAUUGAGAUUCCAAACUAAUAAAUUUGCUUUAAAGAGAAGUAAUGUCUAGUAAGACUGAUUCUGCCUAUAAAGACCUCAUAUCUAAAUCUACCUGUGUGUACCAUGUCUAUAAAAACAGUGAUCACCUGUCUGUAAAUACCACAGCAUCGGUCUCUAUGAAGAUGUUUGGCAGUAGGUUUUUAUUGACAUAGGGGGCCCACACAUUAUGACAGAACACAUCGUACUAAGAUCAUAUUAAAGUAUUAUAAUAAUCAUAUCUCUAAAUUAUUGUUUCAGUUCUCUAUCGUUGUAUCUUGUCUAAGCUCUAGUUCAUUUUCUUUCUUGUGUUGAUAAUGUUGUGAGCAUAUCUAAGCAAUUUGUUUCAGUUAUUAUAUUUUAUGUAAUCAGAUUUAAUAAAUUAUUUUUGAACACAA